CAAACAAACUGACAUUCUUAUCUUAUAGUUUUGAGAAAUUCAAAUUCGGACCAAAAGAAACUUUUACUUUGACACGAGAAGACGAAUGAAUUCUGCCAAAGUCUGAGGCUUUGAGUGAACUUUUUGAGACGAUGAUGAAGAGAAAACGAGAGAAUUCCGAGAACUUCGAGGAACCGGCGGCAAAACAUGCGAACACUCUGCGAGAUGAGGAAGAAGCAGAAAAAGAGACCUACUCGGCUGCAGAGCUCCAGCUUCGGCAAGUGAUGAACGACUUUGUGCGCCUAUACGAGCGCCUAAACCCAGAGGACGAUCCCUCUACCAAGCCUAGUUAUUCUUACAGCGAACUGGUGUUUCUGGCUAUCCUACGAUCGCCGAACUUCUGCCUACCUAUUGGAGAAAUCUACAAAUAUAUCCAGGCUCGUUUCGCGUUCUUCCGGACGUCAAGUAGUCAACAUUGGAAGAAUGCCGUCAGACACAGUUUAUCCAAGACUAAAUGUUUCUCCAAAAUCUCUGUAGGGCGAGGUGUCGCUGUGACUAAGAAGCUCCAAAAAGCAACAUAUCUGUGGUGCCUUGUACCUUCCAGUAUUAUCAGUUUCGCUCGAGGUGACUAUCGUCCAUCAUCCGACAGAAAAAUGGAGUUUGGCUACUACAGCCUCAAUGCAGGGCAGUUUUGGGGACAGGUGGCUAUCUACUUGGAGAGAAAGUUGACGGCAUUUAGGAGAAUACUUUCCCGCAGCAGUCGACCAGGGGAAAUAUUUGAGGAACAGCUUUGUAAAAUACCCAGCAGAGAGGAAAUAUUUCAGAGGGGGAGCUAUUUUGAGAGACGAAAUUUGGAACAGGACCGAAACGUCAUGUCGACAGACAAACAAGCUGUCGUCUCAGAAGAAAAUGUUCACGUCAGUCAAGCGAUAAUGGGAGAGUCAAAAACCACAGAGGAAGAUGCAUCAACGACAAAGGUUCUUAAUUUGACCGAUACCAACCGCAGUGCCAACACCAGUGCCAAGGAUGACAGUGGUAUUGUUUCUGAUGUUUUCCUUUCCAACACCAGCGCCGACAUCUCUCUGACAGACGCAAAUAUAAUCGAACACUCCCUCAAUCUCCUGUUGAAAAAAGAAAGUGACUUGACACAGACGUCAUCACCUGUCACCAAUAAUAUAACGUAUUUGGGACAAAGCAGUAAUCAAGACGACAGAAAAACGCCCGAGUUACCCGACUUACGGAACGUCAGUCCUCUGAAUUUAUCUCCAAUAUUAGCAACCGAUCCGCAAGAAAUGCCAGACGAAUCUUCCAAAAUCUCCAUGCACGUUGCGUAUUCGACACCGCAUGGAUACAGACCACCGCCUCCAUACAAUCCUGUUAUGACGUCACAGCCACUUGCAUACCAUCACAAUUCACUUUAUCCAUACCCAGCGUUUGGAGAAGAGAAUGGGUUCAAUUUUGGAUUACCUCCCUUGUAUCAAUACAGCUAUCAUUACGAUUCUGGCGGAAACCAGGAAUUUUGCUUUUAGUGCUAAUUACAAGAUGUUUUUAACUGGGGAAAAGAGUGCUUGAAUUUUUAUAUCUUUUACUGAAAUAUUGUAUAGAAAUUGUACAUUAAUUCACCUUCAAUUUUUUAAUUUCUUGAUACAUAUACGCUUUUUAAAAGACAAUGUUUCAUUUAUUGUGUAAAUAUUUUAAAUGUGUCAGAUUGUUUUGUACUUUUUAAUGAUCUAUAUGAGAUUUCCAAGAGUAAUAAAGUAGUAUUUUUG